ACGAACCUAAGUAGGUCGAGAUGUUUAAUUUUUACAUUCGGCUUUUCGAUUGAAAAUCGUCGAAAAUAUCGAGGAAAUAAUCAUUCCGCGUAGAGUUGCGAUAUUUACGUCUGUCCUAAACGUUGUGUUGAUACAGUCAUGCGGACGCGCACGAUAAGACGAUACGCAGAUUGGACGUUGCGAUCAAAGUCAAAAAUGUUUAUCCGAUCAUUGUUGAUGAUAACGAUUUGAGGCAGGUUUGACACUGAGUUAUACGAUGGUUGCAACAACAAACCGUAGGGUCAGAUUCGUGGUUCGUCGGUAUGUGCGUUCCAACAGUAUUUACCCGCUGAUGAAUUAUUGAAAUAGGUGUUUUACAAUCAUGAACAGCAAGCACAGUCCGAGAAAAGUGACACUGGCCAUGAUAAAAGGUAAACCUAUCACGACCUCCGUUCCUGCAAUCCAUUAUCACGCUAGCGAUGACGAACUGGAAGAAAUAUAUCCUAGCACGGAUGAAGAGCAAAGAUCGACUCCCGAAUUUGAAAAAGUCUCGUUAAAUGUAACCUCUUCCCCGCUGAAAUGCGCUGAAAAAAAAUCUCCGCAAGAAUUGAAUAUUUCUGAUAACAACUCUGAGAAUCAGUCUGUUGGCGCUGAGAAUACCAUACCCGAAGGCACGCCUCCGUCUCUAGAUCCAUGGAAAUUAUUGUCAGAUUUUAAAGGAAAACUAACUAGAACGUUUGAAGAAAAACUGUCAGGAAUAAAAAGUGACAAGAAGAAACCGUGCCGCUCUCGAGCAGAAAGUUCAAGCAUCAGCGAGUCUGAGGAUCAAGGAAAUGUCACACCCUGCGAUGAGAAGAUAGAAGAUAAACAGGACGAGUGCGUAGAGAGCGGUAUCGAAGCCUCUGAAUUUUCUGAAGAUGUUGGUAAAGAUAUCAUUCCUAGCUCAAAGAGCGAGUCGUCGAAGAAAUCUCCUGAUAACGUCCAAGAACAACCCUGCAUAAAUUCCUCUGUGUUUCCAAAGCAAACAAAUAUUAAAGCGAUUCUUUCGCAAUUGAUAAAACAAUUAAUUUGUCAAGCGACAUAUAGAUCAAUUGCUGUUUUUAUUGCUGUUUUUUGCAUUUAUUAUGUUACUCCAUUACCGGAGUAUUUGCUUGGAUUUGUGGUGGGUGUUUUUACGACGAUUACAUUUUACAGUACGGUAACGAAGUUUAAAAGGAUUUUGACGACUUUACCGGAUGAAAAAUUUAUUUGUAGGCCAACGAUAAUACCUGUUUUAGAGAUUCCGGCAGUAGAGGAACAUGCUGUGAUUGAGAGAUUUCAAGGCUGGUUAAAUGAACUACCCUACAGUUACGAACCCAAUAAUUAUCAUGUGGCGCGCACAAAGUCCGUUUUUUUCAGGCUAGAAGGAAGUAUUUUGCAGAUAAUGGAAACUAAAAUGAAAAUACCAAAGAAGGCUGUCUGGGAUGAAUCAAAACAUAAAUUGAAAUUUAUUAAAAGAAGAGCUUACAAUUUGAAUGGAGCAAAGAUAGAACUUCUACCCUAUGGUCUUACCAGAAGAAGACGAUGGAGUAAAAAGUAUCCAAUUUGUAUAACUCUCAAAAAGGGAGCUUCAAUUUGUAAUGUAAAUUUGAAAGAUUCGGUUAACGGCGAACAUUCGAUGAAUGAUCACGGACAAACAAAAUUAGUAUCGGAUAGAAAAUCUAUGACUAAAUGGGAAGAAGCUGAAAAUGAUUACGAAACUUGGCUUAUGAAUUCAGAAGAAGAAGAACUAAUUAUGGGACAAAAUGAAGGACAAGAAAAGGAAGAGGUAAACACUGCUGAAGACGAAGAUGACGGUGAAAGUUACAAUUACGAUCUCAACAAUGAUGGUAUUGAUAACAACGAAUACGUGGAAUGUGAAGAACAGUUUUUGGAAAAUGGGGAAGCUGAAGGUUGGUUUGCAGAGGAAGAGAAGAGAAAACAUGACAGGGAGGAUGAAGGAGAAAGUGGCGACUGUGUAAGAAGAAAUGUAACAAAAGGUCGUAGUGGUUAUCGUUACGUCGACAAAAGAGGCAAAAAGCGACGAACAAUACCAACCGAAACAAAAUUUGAGAAUAGUUUGAAAGUAGAAAAAGAGAAUAAAAUAAAAGGAGAGAGGAAAGAGACUGGUAAGGAACAUGAUCGCGAGGAAGAAGAGGAGGAAGAGGAAGAGGAAGAGGAAGAGGAGGAGGAGGAGGAGGAGGACGACGAAGACGAGGACGAGGAUGAGGACGACGACAACGACAAUGACAACGAAGAGGACGAUGACGAUGAGUUGGAGGAAGAGGACGACAUUGACUUCAAUGACAAGGGUAACGGUGACUAUGAUAACAAUGGAGAGAUGGAAGCGAAGAAAGUAGAUGAAAAAAGGGAGCUGCAGCAAAAAGAGGAAAAGUGGGAGACGAUAAACGACGCAGUAUCACGGUUUAAAAGGCAAAGGAAAAAUUCUUCUAAAAAACGUUCGAAUAGGAACAAACAAAAGAACAAGUUGAAAAUCUUCGUUUUUGCCAGGGCUGAUCGUGAAAAAGAAGAUUGGUAUAGACGUUUGGUUUCAGCCGCAUCUCAAUGCGCCAAAAAGCAAGAUAUGUUAUUGUUCGCAACCGAUCCAUCAUCCCCUUGUAAUACAACGUCAACGUCACAGCGAACUGUUAUUACAGAAUCGAAAACUUCUGUUUCAGCUAAUAAUGCGAUCGAAAGCUUACCUGAACUUAAUUAUAGUGCUUACAUGGCAAAGUAUCUGGACGUUGGUCCUUCGACUUCAGAAGAUACGUCCCCACUGUAUACCGACAAUACGCUUUGGAUCAACUGUUUAAUAGCUCGCAUAUUGUUCGACGUGCAUAAAUGUCCAGAAACUAUAAAUCUUAUACAGGAUAAAAUACAACGCAAAUUGUCUAGUAUAAAACUACCGUAUUUCAUGGAGUGCCUUUUAGUUUCGGAGGUAGCAAUAGGUCAAGGAGCGCCUAUUAUUCGCAACGUAACAAAACCAGUGGCAAACGAAAGAGGUCUCUGGUUUGAUUUGGAUGUAACGUACAAAGGAUCGUUGACUAUGACUGUUGAAACUAAACUAAAUUUGAUGAAGUUAACAAGAUCCGGAUCGGUUCCUGCCAAUAACACCGGCGGCGGCGUCAUACUUCCAACGGAAAAAGACGAAUCGAUGACCAGAUCACCAAUUUUUGAUAGCGAUAUAGAAGACACGCCAGAAACAUCUACGGAGGACGACGAUACUUCUACGAUUCAAUUAUACAACACGGCUAAAGAAACAACUUCUGCGCAAUCGUCUGGAAAAAAGUUUCUCAGUAUGGUCGACAAAAUAGCUGCGAAUAAAUAUUUUCAACACGCAACCGAGCUCUCCUAUGUUCGAAGAGCCAUGGAAGGUGUCUCGAACAUGGAGAUCCGAUUAAUGGUUACCGUCUCCAGCAUAGAAGGUUGUCUUUCCUUAAACAUUCCACCGGCACCGUCUGAUCGUUUGUGGUAUGGUUUCAAAACCGUGCCGAAAAUAAUUCUUACCGUAAAACCUGCAGUUGGCGAGAGAACAGUUAACAUCGUUUACAUAACUAAGUGGAUAGAGGCUAAGUUGCUCAGGGAAUUCGAGAAGCUAGUUGUUUUGCCGAAUAUGGAUGAUUUUGUGUUGCCAUUGUGUCCUAAUUAUCCUUACAUGACAAUGCAAUAAUCGCGAAACAUUGUAUUAUAAUUAGUAACGUCGUUGUUACAUCGUAACUUGGAUGUACUCGCAUUACAUUUAUAACUGUAACAAAGAAAUUUUAAAAACAGAUAACAGAAGAUAAUGGAGUAAAAAGGAAAGCUCAACGCAUCUCCCCUUCGUCUAGUCGAAUCAUACGCAGCGAGUUCUAAUAAAAUUUCCUAUCUACAAUAAAAUAGGACUACAGCCAACAACAAAAUGAAUACAUCUUGAUAUGCAUCAGUAUAUAAGAAUGAAUAAAUUGGGGACCAUACGUUACGUUUAUAUCGUAUCGAAGAACUCGAUGCGUAGAAGUCUAUGAGGAUAUGCGUUUUGAAGAGAUUUUCUCCUAAUGUGUAAUAACCGGUUCUUACCGAAAUAAUCUUGCCAAAAUAUUACGAAACAUCGUGGUAUAAAACAAUCUGAUUGCAUUUGAUUAUUUCGAAUAUAGGCAAAAUUCUAAAUUGUGUUUAGUCUACGAUUAUAUCGAUCUGCAUGUUCGUUCGUGUAUUGUUUAUGGCCAUUAAAUUAAUAUGUUAAAAUGUAUAAUGCGAGCGAAGCAACAAGGCUUAUCUGAAUGUAAUUCUCAUCUUGUAUGUGAUUAUGAUAUACAUGAAUGAAUCGGUGUAAGUUGAAACGUGCGUUCGAAAUUAUUACAUUACGAAAAGCUGCGACUCAAUUUUGGUCAUCAAAGUUCGAACGAUGAGAUAACGUUUAAUUUUAUAGUGAAAUUUUUCGCAGAAUAGUACGUAGUGUAUACAGUAUGUUUAGAAUGGAACACAAAACUGCUAAGACAACAAGGGGGAAUGGCGGAGAGG